AUGCACAGCCUUCGUUCACACUGGAUUGAGAAUCCAAUCAGUCUCUAUGCUGCUGGGCUAAGGGGAUCGCUAAUUUCCGUUGCUAUUCUUGCUACGCAAAUCCGCAUCAGAGCCUCGGACAACGACGCGCCAGUCUGCGAUUUAUCAGUAUCAUCAUGUCAAAUAUAUAUCGCGAUUCUCUUGGCAAUUUUACAGCUGCUGUAUCCUCGCCGACCGAACCUUUUCACAUCAGAAGGGGAUUCCGUGGAUUAUGAGAAUAGCUGCUCGGCCACUCAAAGAUACUCAAUGCAGUGGUGCUCAGGUGCCCUUCGCAUCGCUGGAGAUAGCCUUGGACUCGACAAAAUGCCGAAACUGGAUUAUCGAAGCAAGUCCAAAACCCAGCCAUUGAUCAAAGAUUUCAAAACCUCACUGUGGAAUCAUAUCCUCGCUGAACGGUACCUUGGAUUUGUCAAACAAUGGACUCUCAUGCUUGUGCGGUCUGUAAUUACUUUUGGCUCUCCUUACUGCAUCAUGCAAUUGAUCAGAUGCUUGGAAACAAAGGGCCCAACAAAUGCUGCUUGGAUUUGGCUGAUAGGCAUUACAGCCUCCUCUAUAUGCGAAACUGUGAUCCAUUACCAUAUGGCUUGGAUUCAGUGGUCUGAGAUGGGAAUUCCGAUUCGCGCACAAUUAAUCAUGGCAAUCUACUCGAAAGCACUGAGAGUCCAAGACAAGGAUACUGGCGACAAACCCGCAGCAAUAAAUCUCAUAUCUUCUGACUCCGUUUCCUUUAGCAAGUUUACGGCGGUGAACUACAUGCUACCCUUUUCGUUUGUCAAGUUCUUCUUCGCGCUAGCAUUUCUGAUGAAACUGCUUGGAUGGAAGAGCACCUUGGUGGCCAUGGUGGCAACAGCGGGGACUGUACCUAUUCAUACAUGGGUCGUUAAGAACGUGGGAGCUUCGAAAAAACGACUGACAGUGGCAAGAGAUAGAAAGACAAAGGUAGUUUCUGAAGGUCUUCAUACACUACGCCAGAUCAAAUUCUCGGCCACGGAGACGCAAUGGGAAGACCGUAUUGACGCGUGUCGUCGCGAGGAGCUAGAAAAGUUGCGUGAGACCUUCAUCGCCAUCAAUAUUAGAUCUGUAUGGAAGGUCGCGUCCCCUUUCAUAGUGGCUGCUGCGGCAAUUUGCAGCUAUGCAUAUACGGAAUCCAGUGUCUCUUCAUCCAUCAUAUUCACGGUAAUCGAACUAUUGCCUCACCUUCAGGGCACUUUGGGUCUACUUCCCGUGGUAUUCCAGGACUACUUUGGUGCUCGGGUCAAUGCGCAGCGUAUGGAUGUUUACUUAAAAGAGCCUGAAUUGGAGAAGAACCUGGAUCCUAGCCCAACGGGAUCUGUCGUUUUCCGAGAUGCAUGCAUUGCCUGGCCCUCUGAGAAACAACCAAAGAAUCAAGAGAAGUUCGUGAACUCACCUGAUCAUUUCGUUCUUCGUGAUGUUCACAUUGACUUUCCCACCGGUGAGCUGAGCAUCAUCCACGGAGAAACCGGCUCAGGCAAAAGUCUAUUACUCUCAGCGAUUCUUGGAGAAGCGGACCUUCUUCGUGGUCGCAUCGAAUCACCAGCGCAGGAACACCCCGUUGCAUUUGUUUCCCAGACUCCAUGGCUACAAAAUGCUACAGUGAAACAGAACAUCCUGUUUGGGAGCACUCUUGACGAAGACAGAUAUCAGAAGGUCCUAAGAGCCUGUGCACUUGAAACCGAUCUUGCUGCUUUGACCCUUGGGGAUGAAACUUAUAUUGGUCUUCGAGGCGUGAAACUCAGUGGAGGUCAAAGGGCUAGAGUAGCACUUGCCAGGGCUAUUUAUUCACGGGCCAAAGUAAUGGUCCUAGAUGAUAUUUUCGCCGCUCUUGAUUCUCAUGUUUCUCGUGAGAUAUUCGCAGCGCUGACCGGCGAGCUCUGUCGCGGUCGCACAAGAAUACUCGCAACCCAUCAUGUGUCUCUCUGCCUGACGAAGGCAAAGUAUGCUGUUGAGAUUCAGGAGAAGACUAUACGCCAUGCCCGCGCCAUUGAAUCAAUUGAGCAGACAGCGUAUGAAUUGGAGUCAAACAGUACUUUGCUAGACUCAUCAGCUGUGGAGAAACCAAAGAAGUCAGUCAACCGCACACCAAAAGCUAAAGGUGUUGUGCAACAGACGGAAUUCGAAGCCUCGAAGACUUACCUCAUGAACGCCGGGGGCCUGUUUUUUGUUACUAUCUAUGUGCUAGGUCUUGUCGGUAAGCAACUUGUGAUGGCAUCGACAACCUGGGCUCUUUGCCGAAUCAAUUCGGCACGUCUAAACAUCAAAGCCGACGACUUAGUUGAUGGUAAGGGAGUGGCUGUACAAAGCCACCUAUAUCUCUACCUGCUAGGAUCUCUAGCCGCUGUCGUGAUGGAAUUCCUCUUCAAUCUCCACAUGUACUCUGGAUCCCUACGUGCCUCGAAGGCUCUGUUUCGCAAAAUGACCGCAAAGGUCAUCCGCAUGCCCCUUCUAUGGCUCGAUACUACCCCCGUGGGAGAACUGCUCAAAAGAUUCAAUCCGGAUAUGAGAAUGGUUGAUGACUUUCUGCUAGAAUCUGUGUCUGAAACUAGUGAUAGUUUGGUGAAACUGAUGAUUGUUUUAUGCGUUGGAAUAUACAGUUCUCUCUACACAAGCUGUUUGACGCUUGGUCUUCUAUACUGGUGCUUUCAAGUUGCCAAGAGAUAUAGCAGAGCCCGAAAGCCGUGCAAGCUCGGUGAAGCGGAGAGCAACGCUGAGAUACUAGAAUAUUUCACUACUUCUGCGUCCGGUGUUUCGACCAUAAGAGCAUUUGGGGUAACAGGCCAAUUCAUGGAUCAAAUGCAUUGUCGAAUUGACAAGUUGUCGACCGUUCGUCGGCACUUCUGGAUCUUCAACCGUUGGCUUGGUCUUCAAAUGUCACUCGCGGGCAUUCUGUUUACUACAGGGACUGGCAUUAUCCUACUGUCAAACAGAUUCACUUCCAUGAUGGACGCGUCUCUCGUGGGGUUUACCCUUACAUUUUCGAUGGGAUUCUCAAAGGCUACAUUCAAUGCUGCCAACAGUUUUGGAAUGCUGGAAAGAUACAUGGGGUCCGCUAGCAACAUUGUUUCGUAUUCGGAAUUAAUAACCGAGCGCCAAGGUGGCAGCGAAGUCGCAGCAGACUGGCCACCUCAUGGGCAAGUCAAAGUCGAGGGCUUGAGCGUUGCCUAUUCGUCCAGUCUUCCUCUAGUCCUGAAAGACAUAUCCUUUUCCGUGGAUGCUGGCCAAAGAAUCGGAGUUGUCGGUCGCACUGGAGCUGGCAAAUCUUCCUUAACUCUCGCGCUUCUCCGAUUUAUGGAUCCUCAAUCUGGUUCAAUAUACAUUGACGGAAUGGAUAUUUCGACAAUAAAAUUGCAGUCGCUUCGAUCCAAGGUUGGGUUUAUUCCCCAGGAUCCGGUCCUUUUUUCAGGCACCAUUCGAUCGAAUCUUGAUUACUUUAAUCAAUUUCCGAAAGAGAAAUUGAACGAGGCUUUGCGGCGUGUGAAGCUUCUUUCUGAGGAAGGUCAAAAGGAGUCUGGCUCAUUCCCUCUGGACUCACAAGUCACUACAGGUGGGACGAACAUGUCGCAAGGUCAACGACAACUCCUCUGCCUUGCCAGAAUCUUGGUCCGGGAUCCAAAGAUCGUGAUUCUUGAUGAGGCUACAUCAUCGGUUGAUGACCAGACGGACGCAUUGAUUCAAGAUGCCAUUCGAAACCAGCUUAGUCGGACAUUGAUCGUGGUCGCGCAUCGUUUGCGCACCAUCGCGUCAUUCGACAAAGUUAUUGUGAUUAAUGAGGGAAAAGUUGGAGAAAUUGGAACACCAGCGGAGCUUUUGAGUAUGAAAGGGUUGUUCUAUGAUCUAGUUCAAGAGAGUGAGGAUAAAGAGUUUGUGACUAGGGCUGCAUUUGAAUAG